AUUCUAAUUUCCUUUGUCACAGGCAUGCCUGGAACAAGAGGCUCGGGUGGCAGAACUGAGGUCUCUGGCGGCUCGUGUGGCUGCGGAGACAGGGUCCCGGGCAUUGCAGGCUGACGCUGACGCGCUGGCCCGCCGGCUGCAGCUGGUGGCCGGCGCUGUACAAGCCCUGGCGGACCUUGGCGAGGCCAGGCAGCUGGCGCGCGCUAAGGCGCACCAUGCUAAAGAGAAGCUGUGUGAUAUGAGACAGGACCUGACACCAUUACACGAAGAUGGCGAAAUUGUUGAAGAAAAACUGAUAGCUUUACGGGACAACCUGAUCGCCCUUGGUAAAGGCGAGGCGGAAAUCGCUCCGGCCAAAGAACAACUGCCGGACAUAGACCGGGAUGUCUCUGACGAACACUCGAUCGUGAGGAUCCUGGAGCUAUGGCAGGCGAUGUUCAGGGACACCUUCCUGCAUUACCACCGGCUGUCCACGGCGCUAGUCAGGUCUGGAGACGCCGCCACCGCGCUCAGACUGUGGCACGAGUACCUGAUAGAUUUACAAUCAUUCCUCUCUGGCUCCGUACCCGCAGACUACGAGAAUCUGACUGAACAUCGACGGCUAUGCAGGGUACACAAGAACCUCCUCACAUCGCAGAGGUCCGUACUCAUGAACGAGAACAGGGAAACAAAGAACAAAGACUUGGCGGACAAAUUCGAUACACUAACGAACCUUCACAAUGAAACCUUGGCGCGUAUUGUCGAGAGACACGACGAGGUCUGCACGCGCAUAGCCGCGUGGGACGACUACAGAGAGAUAUACACGGAAUUACUCCGAUGGCUCAAAGAAAUGGAACGUGAAAAGGAAAAACUACAGCUCAGAUACGUACACAUCAAGAGGAUACAUAAGAUACUAUCUAAGAUACAGAAUCUUUCGGACAAAGUGCCCGAAGGUAAGAAACAAACUGACAAAUUAUUAGUGGAUCUCAAGAAAGUACUCGAAUUCACGGAGGAAGCAUACGCGGCGUCAGUCAGGAUGGAAUACGCGGGUAUCGUGAAGAGAGUCGAUAACUUACAAGCUAGUCUCGACACCUGGAGAGACUUCUUAACUCGCAUACUCGGUCUCAUCGGAGAAUACGAGAAAUUGACCAAUGAUCUGCACAAACUGUUCUCAAAGACACAAGACGAAAUUAUCUCCUAUUCCGAUGAAGAGAGAUUAUCUCGACCACAACUAAAGAAGGCCAUAGAAAAGUACACUGACUUAAGGACAAAGAUUGAAAAGACUGAAACACAAAUUGAAGCUCUGAGCGUCAUCCAGGAGCAACUUAAAGAAUGCCUAAGCCCCCAGGACAUGAGAAUAGUCAACCAAAGGGUUUGGCAGUUACGUCAGCAGCGAGCUGAUUUAGAACACCAACUUUCCAUUAUCAUUCACCGACUACAAGAGAGACUAGAAAUCUACACUAUAUUUGACUCACGAUUUAAACGAUUCUCAGAAUGGUUGAUCACUGUUGAAUCACGUCUCGAAUCCAGUCAAAGCAGUGAAAUCACUGCACUUGACCCACAAGAUCUGAUUAGGAGGAUAAACGCUGACAUCCAAGCGGAGACGGCACUUAAAGAACGCGAAUUUGAAUGGCUCGCUGAAACUGGCAAUACCUUAAUUGAAAUUUCUAAAAAGGACGAGAAAUCUUACAGCAAAAAUACAUCCAAACACUUAAGAGAUGUACAAGAGCGCUGGCAAAGACUUCAAGAAACUGGUAGGUCCAGAAUCGCGAAGAUCACAGAACUCCUGGAAACCAUCACACAACUUGAAGAAAGAUUAACUGAAAUUAGACUGAAAUUACAUGUUAUUGAAUCAAAACUGACCACUUCUGUAGUCCUGGAAUACCUCACCAGCAAAGCUGUUGAUGAAAAAUUCAGAGAUCGUGAUGAAAUCCAUAAAGACAUAGAGCAAGAGAGCGGAGAGGUGGGCGAAACCCUUAACCUCUGCGAACUUGUUUUCAACGAUCCUGACGUUCUCAAAGGCAACUUUGACUUGAGGAAUCUCCGUACUGGUGUUGACAUUGUCGAAAAGAAAUGGAAGAACAUCUGUGACAUUUCCGAACAACGUAAGACUGCUCUGAAAGAAAUCCGCAAAUCAGCUGAAUUGGCCACAUCGCUCCUGCCAAAGAUUGAAAAGAAACUGGAUUCUAUAGAACGAAGAGUAGAGAAGAUAGAGACUAGGAAACAGCGCGGAGAACCUGAAGACGAGAGUGUAUCCAAGGCUGUUGUUAAAGACUUGGAGGCUCUUCAGGCUGAUAUCAAACGGCUGGAAGACGCUUACAGCCGUGUGGCUUCGGCGAGAGGAGUAGAGCUCCGCGGUGAGGGCGCAGAUGAUGCUGCGAGAUUACGGGCUGCUGUCCGUAGAUGGCAACAGUUGAGAGGCCGAGUGGACGCGGCCGGAGCUGACGCACACAGGCAGUUCGUGGCUGCACACGGCAAGGCUGUAGUCGCGCUGGCUGAGGCAGAUGUCCGGCUGACGAGAGCUCUGCAUCUCGCCCCCACGCCGCUGGACAAAGUCGCCACCUUGAAGGAACUAGACGGCGUACAACAAGAACUGCUCGAGUGCCGAGCACUAGUAGAAGAAGCCGACCGCCUGGCGUCGGCAGUGUCGACGGUGUCCGGCGUGUCCGACAUGGUGGCCGAGUACCGCGCGUUGUACGCUGACGUUAGGAUGAGGGUUGGACCUCGCCCGAGCGGAGGUCGUGGGUGACGUCGACUCCGCUGUUCAGGUGGACACCCUUAAAUGGGAGACAGACGCCGCCCUCCAAGUUGACACACUCACAUCUAAGGAAACCUACCGCGCCGAACUCGCAUCGGCGGUCAGGGAAACAUCAGAAUCUCUGGAAGCACUCAGAAUCGCAUUACAGCAGCAAACGAAA